UCAUGCAAUGAAAACCACAUCAAGUUUAUGCCUCCAGAUCACAAGCAACAUGUCACCGCAGCAGGCUAUCGUCCCCGCAGCAAGCCAAUAUUACUGCAGGAGAGAUCCUGGGGAAAACAAGCACAAAGCUCCUUGAAGCUCUGGGCCCAGUUUUGAAACUCAGAAGAGGUAGAAAGAGGAAAUCAAGCCAUGCAAGCAAAUCUAGCAGCCUCUGUUCAAAAUGACCCCAACAAUUGUACUAUGUACUUGCAUGUCAUGCAUACAAUAAGGAAUUUAUGUGUUUAGAAUACUUCCCUCAAAUCGUAAUAGCAAAUGCAAAAACAUCGACUGUAGGCAAGUUGAGGCACAUGAUUAAAUGCAGAGAAUCACCGUAGGCAAGUCCUCCCAAAUCGCGAGCGGGAACACAAUCCCACUAAAUCCCGCCAAUAAAACCCAAAAAAUUCCCAAAUCCAGUCCCCCUAUAUAAACCCUAACCCUCCCUCUCAUUUCUCUCUCACAAAAGAAAGUAAGAAACCCUAAAUCUCUCAUUUCUCGCCGGAAACGAUGUUGGAGCUCCGAUUGGUCCAGGGCUCGCUUCUCAAGAAGGUUCUGGAGUCCAUCAAGGACCUGGUCACCGACGCCAACUUCGACUGCUCCGCCACCGGGUUCUCCCUCCAGGCCAUGGACUCCAGCCACGUCGCCCUCGUCGCUCUGCUUCUCAGAUCUGAAGGCUUCGAGCACUACCGCUGCGACCGGAGCAUCUCCAUGGGGAUGAACCUCGGCAACAUGUCCAAGAUGCUCAAGUGCGCCGGCAACGAUGACAUCGUCACCCUCAAGGCUGACGACGGCAGCGAUACCGUCACCUUCAUGUUUGAGAGCCCCACACAAGAUAAAAUUUCUGAUUUUGAGAUGAAGCUGAUGGACAUCGACAGUGAGCACCUUGGAAUUCCAGAGGCAGAAUACCAUGCUAUUGUUAGGAUGCCUUCUGCUGAGUUUGCCAGGAUUUGCAAAGAUCUCAGCGGCAUUGGUGAUACUGUUGUGAUUUCUGUGACAAAGGAAGGAGUCAAGUUCUCUACAAGAGGGGAUAUCGGCACUGCUAAUAUUGUCUGUAGACAGAACACUACUGUUGACAAGCCUGAGGAAGCAACAAUCAUAGAGAUGACUGAGCCAGUUUCAUUGACAUUUGCUCUGAGGUACAUGAACUCCUUCACAAAAGCAUCCCCCUUGUCAAACACAGUUACCAUCAGCCUCUCUUCGGAACUGCCAGUUGUGGUUGAGUACAAGAUUGCUGAGAUGGGCUACAUAAGGUUCUACUUGGCUCCAAAGAUAGAAGAGGAUGAAGAAGAGACAAAGCCUCAAGUUUGAACCUUAUGCCACUGCACAGGCCUCCUCUUAGUUGACUUGAUUGUGCUUUUAAAAAUCCAUGUACAGGAUUUGCUUAAACAAUUUCUGUUUGAGGUUUUCCCUAUCUCUGUGAUUGAGUAAAGCAUCUCUGUAGUUACAGAAGUAUUCUAAUUCAUUAGGUAGUGGGUACUAUCUUCUUGCCUUUCAAUUGAAAACAAUGUUGUUUGUUCUGUUUUUGGGUUCUACUUCUUGGAUUCAUCUGAUUUUA